UCGUGGCGGGCCCGGGCGGAAGCAGGAAGCGGCGGACCGGGAUCACGCCCGCGGCGGUGUGGCUGUGGGGUCAUGGCGGAGAAGUUCGACCACCUGGAGGAGCACCUGGAGAAGUUCGUGGAGAACAUCCGGCAGCUCGGCAUCAUCGUCAGCGACUUCCAGCCCAGCAGUCAGGCCGGGCUUAACCAGAAGCUGAAUUUUAUCGUUACGGGCUUACAGGAUAUUGAUAAGUGCAGACAGCAACUUCAUGAUAUUACUGUACCUUUAGAAGUUUUUGAAUAUAUAGAUCAAGGUCGAAACCCCCAACUCUACACCAAAGAGUGCCUGGAGAGGGCUUUGGCUAAAAAUGAGCAAGUUAAAGGCAAGAUUGACACAAUGAAGAAAUUUAAAAGCCUGUUGAUUCAAGAACUUUCUAAAGUGUUUCCCGAAGACAUGGCCAAGUAUCGAAGCAUCCGAGGGGAGGACCACCCCCCUUCCUAACUCCGUCCUCCCUCCGUCUGAAGAUCCUCCUUGUCCUGUGGGCGUCGCUGUGACCUUCAGGCAGCCUGUGACUUUGAGUGGCAGCAAUGCCGCUGUUCUGGGCCUGUCCUCCAGCCACCCUGUCCACGUCAUUGGGCUUAGGGGAGGGCGGGGCCUGGAGGGUUUGUGGAGCUGGGCCACCAGCUGCCCCUCUGUCCCUGACGUGCAUCUGUCUGGUCCUCAAGCUUUCAGGUGGCUAGUGAUCGCACACCUUUGGGUGCGAUGCAUUUGAUGCUCCAUGGCACAGUAGUCUUGGAAGUAUUAACUGUGGUAGGUAAAUUGAAGCUGUUAAAAAUUCUACCUAAUGGUUUUCUUUUUAUAUGCUCUUUCUGUUCCAUUUUAUUAUGAUGUCAAAGAAAGCUGAAGAAAACAGAAAAAAGUUAAAAAGAAAAGUUGGUUUAAUAUGAGAAUUACUUUAAAUUGGUUUUAUAUUUUCAAGUAUAGUGCAUACACAAUGUGUUUACUGUAACUGUGUUUACAUAGGUUUCAGUUAGGCCUAAACGUAUAAUAAAGUCUAAGUAUUUAUAUGACUUA